UUAGCGUCACGACACCCACGACAACCCACACACACGCACAGACAGAGAGCUAGAGAGCUAGCAGAACAUCAGUUUACAGUUAUUACGCUCUGGAUUAUUGAACCGUUUGACAGACACAAUGCUGAUGCACGAGAAACUCAUGUCCGGACAGUUCUUCAAUGAUCUGAAGACUGAUCGCAAGCCUUUGCUGCAUCACCACCACCAUCAGCAUCAUCAUAUGCAGCAACAGCAUCUGCAUUUGCAGCACAGCCAAUUGCAGCAACAGCAGCAGCAGAGCCUGGCCCUGCCCAAAAUGGAUCUAUAUACCGCCUACGCCUAUCAGCAGCAGCUCCUUGGCGCUGCACUCAGCCAACAACAGCAGCAGCAGCAGCAGCAGCAGGCAACCGUUGGUCCUGCCUCCACCGAGGUCCUGGAUCUGUCUCGUCGCUGCGACAGCGUGGAGACGCCCCGGAAGACGCCCUCGCCUUACCAAACCAACUACAGCUACGGCAGCGGCUCGCCCGCGGCCUCACCCACGGCCACGAGCUCCAUACCGAACAGCCUUCUGUACUCCGUCCAGCAGCAGCAACAGCAGCUGGCUAGCCUCUAUCCGGCCUUUUACUACGGCGCCAACAUCAAGCAGGAGCCAUCCGCUGCACCCAAGGUGGCGCCCAGUGCCACUCCCAGUGUCUCGGCCACCGCCACCGCCAGCCUGCUGCAGACAUUCGCUGCUGCCUCCGCGGCCGCAGCCGCUGCAGCUGUUGGGGUGUCCCCACGCCCGACCAGCAAUGCCAGCACCAUGCAGAUCGAUGUCUUGGAGACGCCACAAUCACCGCCCGCGGCACAGACCCAAGCCCAGACCACCAGCAGCAGCACCACCGCCUCCACAACGCCCACCAGCAGCACCAUGACAACGAGCAGCGCCUCCGACGCGGGCAAGAGCACACGUCCCUUCAAGGCAUUUCCCCGCGAUCCGCUGGUGAUUGCCGCCAACUUUGCGGCCACCGAUGUGCUGCUGGACAAUCCGCGCGUUGAGCGCUACACAGAGUACCGGAAGCGAGUGCUCGAACAGAUCCGCAGCUCGAACGGCGGCUCCCGCACCGUGACGAACCCCAAAAUGCGACGCACCAACUCGCGCAGCGGCAGCGUUAACGAGGGCAGCUCCUCGACCAACAACAGCGAGAGCGAAGAUCGUGCAGCGGCCGAGGAGUCCAGCGAUUGUGACUCACAUGCCGGAAACUACGAGUCCAAGUCUAUCAGCGGCUCUCACUCGAAUGGCAGCAACUCGGGGGCGGCCAAUGCCAGCUUCCAGCCGUCCAGCGGUGGUCAGGUUAAGGAUGCCGCCUACUACGAGCGGCGUCGCAAGAAUAACGCGGCGGCCAAGAAGUCGCGCGAUCGUCGCCGCAUCAAGGAGGACGAGAUUGCCAUCCGGGCCGCCUACCUCGAGCGCCAGAAUAUCGAGCUGCUGUGCCAGAUUGAUGCGCUCAAGGCGCAGCUGUCCGCCUUCACGGCCAAGGUAGCCACUGCCUAA